UCGGUGGCUUAAUUCGAUCUUCGAAUCCUGCUCAUGCUCAUCCUCUUCCUCAGUCUUGUUCGAUUCUGGGUGAUAAUUAGCGAUUCUAGGAUUCUUCGAGGCAAAAUUUAACCGCAACUCUAUAUUCUACUCUGUUUUGUCUCCAACUUUAACUGAAGGUCACUAUUCGACUCUGGAGUUUGUUUUACAGUCCUGUUUUGGAUUUGGGUUGAUGUGGAGAUGCUUUAAUUAUCUAUCUGUUGCGUCGAGCUGAUCGCUGUGAGGAAGAAAUCCUAUUUUCGUUGAAACUGUGGAGUCGCAGAGUUCGUACAACACUUUCCGAACAGGUCUAGUGAGUAGGAAUCCCCAUUAGCGAAAUAUGCCGCAGGUUAAGAUCAUCGCGAAAAAUUUCAUGGACAUGGUGGCGUCUCUUACUGCCAUCAAGCUCGAUAAACUCUACAACAAUGUCUUCAUCUGCGAGGCCAUUCUCAGGUCUUUGCCACCUCUCGCCAAGAAAUAUGUAUUGCAGUUGUUGUACACUGAUGUUCCUGUACCUGCCACGAUGUUGGAAGAAUGGGUGCUUGCAGAUGGCGUCUCUAAGCACAGAGCUGCUAUAGAUCGAAUGAUUCAAUUAAGGAUUUUCAUGGAAACGACAGAUAGGAAAAAGGGAACCAGUUACAGCCUAAAUCCUACAUUUCAAAAGAAUCUUCAGAAACAUAUAAUUUCUGGUGGAGUUUUGCCUAGGGAGCCUAUGAACUCUAACAAUGCCAUUAAGCUUCCAAGUCUACAAGAACUCGAAACCUAUGCACUUCAGCAAUGGGAGUGUUUCUUGCUACAACUCAUAAAUUCGGGUCAAGGUGAGAAGCUAACUGGUAUCAGUUCGUCCAUGAUGAAAAUCUUCCAGAGAGGUUUAUUGAGUCAGAGAGACAGAGAUGGCCCGAGAUUAACUGAGAGUGGCUUUCAGUUUUUGCUGAUGGAUACAAAUGCCCAGCUUUGGUAUAUUAUCCGAGAAUACAUAUCGAAUGCCGAGGAGCGAGAUGUAGAUCCAGCAGAGUUAAUUUCGUUUUUGUUAGAGCUUAGUUUUCAUGUUACUGGUGAGGCGUAUAACUUAAAUACCUUGACAGAAGUUCAAAGAAAUACACUUAAAGACCUUGCAGACUUGGGAUUAGUCAAGCUUCAACAGGGAAGGAAAGACAGUUGGUUUAUUCCUACUAAACUGGCUACAAAUUUAUCAGUCAGUCUGGCAGAUUCAUCAAUCCGAAAAGAGGGAUAUGUCAUGAUGGAAACAAACUUCAGGAUGUAUGCUUACUCAACAUCUAAGUUACAAUGUGAAAUUUUACGUCUGUUUGCGAGGAUAGAGUACCAACUUCCAAACCUUAUUGCUUGUGCAAUUACAAAGGAAAGCUUGUACAAUGCAUUUGACAAUGGCAUCACAUCAGACCAGAUUAUAACUUUUCUCCAGCAGAAUUCUCAUCCACGAUGUGCUGAUCGAGUACCAUCUAUUCCAGAAAAUGUCACUGACCAGAUACGGCUUUGGGAGUCAGAUCUGAAGAGAAUCGAGAUGACACAGGCUCACUUCUACGAUGAAUUUCCUUCAAAGGAUGUGUUUGAAGCAGCUUGUGACUUUGCUCGAGAAUGGAGAGGCCUUCUCUGGGAAGACUCUAAGAGAAUGCGACUUGUUGUGAAAUCCGAAGUUCACAAUAAGAUGCGUGAGUUUCUUCACACCCAAAGCAAGUAAAGUUUUGAAAUUCACAAGGGGGAUGAUUGGGGAUGUUUUCAAAUUUCCUCUUAUUCAUUUGAUGAUUCUCUAAAAUGUUUUAAAACCUGUCUUAAUGAAUCAUGCAAUUGUUAGAAUUAUUCGAAAUCCAAGGUUAUUGAAUCAGCCAUUUGUAAAAGUUCUUUAAAACCUCGUAUUUUUUGG